AUGAAGCCCAUUACUUCAGCCCUCGUCACCUCCCUUCUCCUCGCUGGGCCCGCCGCGGCAUGGGGCUCAUCCGCCAAAUCCAAGAAUGCCAUCCUCUUAUCCAACGUGCAGAGCCUCACCCUCCGCGGCAACGGCGCAAAGACCACAAACCGCCGCGUCUCGGCCGUCCCCCAGCUCAAGUGCGUCUCCCACCCGGACCUCUGCCGCCACGUCAACAUCGACGUGAUGCGCUGCACCAACCAGGGCUCCUCCUACGGGACAGAGGACAUCGAGUGGAGCUGCGCCGCCUCCGUCCCCGACGAGUUCCAGCUGGGCGGCACCAACGUCAUCUGCGAGGGUUAUGCCAGCUCCGACGACCCCUAUGUCCUCAAGGGUAGCUGUGGUGUCGAGUACACCGUCACCCUCACCAGCAAGGGCGAGAGAAGAUAUCCAGACCUCGCCGAUACCAUUAAGAAGCAAAGUGAAUCCUCGUCCAACACCGUGUUCUGGUCAAUCUUCUUCAUUAUAGCAGUCUGCAUCGGCCUAGCAGCACUUCUCCGUCAUUCAGAGAACGCAACACCGCAGCAAAGGCGUCCUCGCACUAGAAGAGGAGGAGGUGGGAGCGGUUGGGGAGGAGGUGGAGGAGGCGGCGGAGGUCCUGGUGGAUGGAACCCAGGUUGGGGUUCUGGCGAUAACGACGCACCUCCCCCGUACUCGGAACCAAAACCAAUCUACAACUCAGCCUCAUCCUCAUCCUCUUGGAGGCCUGGAUUCUGGUCUGGUAUGGCUGCUGGCAGUGCUGCUGGAUAUGCAGCUGGUCGACGUGGUGGUGGGAGCUCCUCCCGUGGGUCAACUUACACAGACAACAGCUGGGGUGGUAGGAGUCAUGGGGAAUCGUCGUCCUCCCAAUCGGGACGAUCAGGGCCCUCCGGUGAAACUCAUGAAAGCACUGGGUUCGGCUCUACCAGCCGCAGGUGA